AUGGCCAUCGCCAGAAAGCCGCGCGUCGUGUGUUUGGGCGAGCCCAAAUAUGUUGGAAGCGAUUUCCUGGCAGACUUCCAACGAGAGUUCAAUUACUCGGUCCUACCAGCAACAAACCGGGCAGAGACCCAGUCCAUGCUUCCAGAAGACAUCAAGCAAAACGGCCCAAUAGAUGCAUUUAUCAUUCGCAUGGGCACGCCUCCGUAUGAGCCGUUUGACGAGGAUCUGCUCAAGGCGCUCGCGCCUGGUUGCAAGAUCAUCGCUUCGGCCAGCGCCGGUUUUAACGAGUUUGAUGUGGACUGGAUGGCGUCGCAAGGCAUCUACUUUUGUAAUACCAUUAAUGCGGUCGCCGAGGCCACCGCGGAUAUGGCCAUAUUCCUCACCUUGGCGACAUUGAGAAAUACCACCAACGCCGAGAAGAGCGCGCGGGGCGGGUCGUGGCGGGCAGCUGCAAACUUAGUACCGGGGCGGGAUCCCUCGGGUCUCACUCUGGGGAUUAUCGGCAUGGGCGCGAUUGGAAAGUAUCUGGCCAAAAAAGCGGCUGCUUUCAAUAUGAAGAUCAUUUAUCAUAACAGAACACAGCUUCAUGCCGAAGAAGAGGCAAAAUAUGGUGCUACAUACUGCAAAACUUUGGACGAGCUCCUUUGCUCCUCCGACGUGAUCUCGCUGAACUGCCCCCUCAACGCCAACACCACUGGCCUUAUCGGCGAGGCUCAAUUCGCCGCUAUGAAGGACGGCGCGUUCCUCAUUAAUACGGCGCGGGGCGCGGUAGUGGACGAGAAGGCGCUGAUCGCCGCUCUAGAAUCGGGAAAAGUGGCGCGGGCUGGUCUCGAUGUAUUUGUUAAUGAGCCCAAGCCGGACGCCUACUUCUUGCAGAGCGACAAGGUCAUUAUCCAGCCGCACUUGGGAGGGUUGACUGAUGUGGCGUUUCAAAAGGCUGAAAGGGAAUGUUUUGAGAAUAUUCGGGCGUUAUUUGCCAAGGGCGAGCCGAUUUCACCGGUCAAUACACCCGUGGUGAAGUCGUAG